AUGUGGGGUAUACUGCUAUUGACACUUUUGUGGGUAUUUUGUGGGGCCCAGGGGCUCAUUCCGCCACAACAACCACUAGUGUUUCCCAAAUAUCACAACGAAAAAGUCGUAAGAAUCACAGAAGACCCAAAAAAUGUGGUCCUGUUGCUCACAUCGGCAAACAACAUCACCUACAAAAAAUGGGGUUCCAGCACAUCCGAGAAGUUUGUUGAUAUCCAUGUGGACGAGGACAACUACGCGGCUCUCCAGCUGUUCCUGUUUCGCCACAAGGUUAUUAUUGAAAAUUUGGCACAGGCAAUUGCCGAAACCAUGCCGCAACAGUCGGAUUCCGUGGUAGAGACAACACAAAUUCAACCACUUUCGGAGAUUUUCUUCAGAGAAUACCGCCCAUUGGAGACCAUAGAUGCCUGGUUGGACAUCUUGCAACAAACUUUCCCGGACAUCCUUCUGGUGGAAGAAAUCGGACAGACCUAUGAGCAUCGUGCACUCAAAAUCGUCCAUAUUUCUCGCCCUUCCGACAUCGACCACGACAAGAAAAAAACCGUGGUGGUCACUGGAGGCACCCAUGCCCGCGAGUGGAUCUCGGUAUCGUCUGUUUGUUACGCCAUUUACCAGUUACUUCAACUUUACCUUGAAGAGCCCAACAAGAUUUCUGAACAAUUGGACUUUCUUUUCAUUCCCGUGAUGAACCCCGACGGAUAUGCGUACACAUGGACCGAGGACCGGCUCUGGAAGAAAAACCGCCAGGAAACACAUCUUCCCAAGUGCUUUGGAAUCGAUAUCGACCACUCGUUCGACUACCAUUGGACCCGAUCUUCCGACUGGGCUUGCGGCGAAGAAUACUCGGGAGAAUCUCCCUUUGAGGCCCUAGAGGCCCGUAUGUGGCACCAGUACCUCAACGAUACCAAUCACGACCACAAAAUUUACGGCUACAUUGACCUACAUUCGUACUCACAAGAGGUGCUUUAUCCGUAUGCUUUUUCAUGUACAGAGCAGCCUCGUGACGAGGAAAACUUGAUUGAACUCGCGUACGGCAUCUCCAAAACGAUCAGAAGGCAAUCGGGAAAAAACUACAAUGUGUUACCAGCAUGCAUUGAUAAGGACCUGGAUCUUCUUCCCGAUUUGGGCAGUGGAAGUGCGCUCGAUUUUAUGUACCAUAAUAAGGCAUACUGGGCAUACCAAUUGAAGCUUAGAGACUCUGGGAGUCACGGCUUUUUGCUACCCAGCAAAUACAUCGAACCGGUGGGCCGCGAGGUGGCAGCUGCUAUCCGGUACUUUUGCACCUUUAUCUUGAGCGAUGAAUAA